AGCUGAGCUCCUGCUGCAGUCAUGGCUGCUGAUGGAGUGGAUGAACGCUCUCCUUUGCUGUCAGCAUCCCAUUCUGGAAAUGUCACUCCGACCGCCCCGCCGUAUUUGCAGGAAAACAGCCCCCGAGCGGAACUCCCACCUCCUUACACAGCCAUUGCUAGUCCAGAUGCCAGUGGUGUUCCUAUAAUAAACUGCCGUGUGUGCCAAUCUCUAAUCAAUUUGGAUGGCAAGCUUCACCAGCAUGUAGUGAAAUGUACAGUCUGCAAUGAAGCUACGCCAAUCAAAAACCCACCAACAGGGAAGAAAUAUGUUAGAUGUCCGUGUAAUUGUCUCCUCAUCUGUAAGGAUACAUCUCGACGAAUAGGAUGUCCAAGACCCAACUGUAGACGCAUUAUUAAUCUGGGCCCAGUAAUGCUAAUUCCCGAAGAACAGCCUGCUCAGCCUGCAUUACCAAUCCAACCAGAAGGGACACGAGUAGUGUGUGGGCACUGUGGAAACACAUUCCUGUGGAUGGAACUGAGGUUCAACACUCUAGCAAAAUGCCCACACUGCAAAAAAAUUUCCUCAGUGGGUAGUGCACUUCCACGAAGACGUUGCUGUGCCUAUAUUACCAUUGGAAUGAUAUGUAUUUUCAUUGGAGUUGGAUUAACUGUUGGUACACAAGAUUUUGCCAGGCGAUUUCAUGCAACCUAUGUUUCUUGGGCAAUUGCUUAUCUUUUAGGCUUGAUUUGCCUUAUCCGAGCUUGUUACUGGGGAGCCAUAAAAGUCAGUUAUCCAGAACACAGUUUUGCAUAAACUUGCUUCUAGUGAUAGAUUGCCGCAGGUGAGAAUCUCUAGCAGUUCUAGGUAAAACAAGUGGACAUUUUAAAAUAAUUUUCUUUGAUGGAUUCCAUUCUAAGUACAGUAGUUCCAAGUUGGGGGAGGGUCUUUUUAAAAAAAAUAAAUAUCCAUUGCACUGAAUUAUAUGCAAAGAUUUUGUUUUGCUGCUAGAUUUCCAAGCUCUGAAUAAUAAAGCUAUGUUUACAUGUUUAUUUACCUAUCUUAUAAGAUACUUUAAAAAUUUUCACUCACAUUUUAGGUUUUACAUCUCCUUUUCAUUAUUUUAAAUUUUUUUUUGUUGCAUUACUUUAUGAUCUGAGUAUUUAAGAGCAAGAAGUGUUAAUCAGUGUUUCUAAAAUAACCUCAUAAUCAUACUUAGGUUUUAAUUACAGCUGUAUCAAAGUGGCUUGCUUUAAGAUCUAAGCAAUAAGCAUUCUGCCUGAACUUACUGUAACUUUUGCAGAAGAUCAUAGUGACCUUAUUCAAAACACAAUGUUUGAAUCUACUUUCAGAUACUGUGACACUGUUACUAGAAGGAAAACAUUUGUAAACACUGUAUGUUUGUUUUUCAGGUAGAAAGAAAUAAUAUUUUGGUAGUAUUGAAAUAGAAUGAUAAAAUAAUCAUUUGUCCACUAUGAGAGAAAAUGUUGGAUAAAUGUCUCUUCUCAAGGAUCCCAGAAGUUGUUUUUUUCUCCUGAUUUUAUUUCUCUGUCCUAAAAAGCCCUGAUCUAGAUUCAUGGAACUUAAUUUUAAUAAUUUGUAGAAGUUCCUUUACCCAGUCUGGGGAAAGUGUUUCAUAUAAUGUUUUGUAAUACAUAGCUAUCUUGUAGAAAAAAAGGUAGGGUUACAUUGGUUUGCUUCUUGUCAUUUGAUUGUGGCAAACUUUCCCUUUGGGGGCCAUUCUAUGGUGGUCAUUUGGAAAGGGAGUUAUUGAGAUUUUAUGCUAGCUAAAAGGAUGAGUAUACAGUUAGUCUUACCACUCCAUCCUAAUAUAGCUGGUCAAUUAAAUAUCCACUUUAUAUAAGGUGGAAUAAGCAACACGAAGCAACUUAGUUUUCUAAGAAUUCACAAGGGUUAAGGGACCAGCUCUCACACUGCCCAUCUUUACAAUUCUGAAAAUAAUUCUUUUGCAAAAUUGAGAGAGAAUGUCCUGAGCUCUUUGUAAGUUAGUAAUUUUUAAGUCAUGGGGGUUGGAGUAAUUAGUUAGAUGUUGCAGGAAUAAGAAAAAUAUUUUAAAAUGUUUUCUGUUCCUAAUUUGGCCAAGAAGACACUAAAGAAAAAUUGGAAUACAGUAAGUGUAAACUUCGAAGGGUAAAUGAUGAUUAAUGUAAAAUGCAAUAGCUCAGGAUUAUAAUGUACCUUUUGAAGUACAAUAAUAAAGAUAAUUAUUCAAAAGUU